UCGGCGCUCGCUCGUAACGCACAGCAGCGAGCCAUAAUCCUGGCGCGCCGCACUUUUUUCGGGUCAGGGAUGCUCCGCGCAGACAAAGGAAGGAGGUUUCCGUGAUGCGGGUGGUAAUUAUCAUCCAGCCAAGAGAACGGAAAAGUUGCAGCUUUAAACACACUCUGCCACAUCACACACGGCCGAUGACAAGCAGCUCACUGCACUACAACAUGCAUUUAGGACUUUUGGUGCUGUUUCUUUCCUUGACGAAAAGUUGUUGGUGCGUCCCGCAGCAGAGCUGUGCGCCGGGGGACGAGUUUCUAGGAAGAUGCAGCAACAGCGUACAUGAUGAAAAACCUACCUGUACAGAGCUGAACCUGGGCUACUGCAAUGAUAUGGAAUACUCCAGAACCAUAUACCCAAACAUCCUUGGCCACCGGAGUCGUUUGGAGGCUGAAUCAGGGGCAGAGUACCUCCUCCUGAGUGUCAUCCAUGGCCUGCUCAAUGGGGAGUGCUCCCCUGAGAUACGUCUCGUAGGCUGCUCGGUGCUCGCCUCGCCCUGCCAGGAUGACAAGAUGAUCAAACCAUGCCGCAGCACAUGCGAGGCUCUGAGGAAGGACUGUAUCCAUGCCUUUGAGGCCAUCGAAAUGGCCUGGCCCUACUUUCUCGACUGUGACCGCUUCUUUGCCAGCGACCAAGAGGGCUGCUUUGACCCACUGGCAGGGAUGAAAGCCAGACAAGAGCUGGCAAUGUCUAGCCUCUCUCCUGAAGAACCCAGCACCAUCAUCCAGUUCACCUACACCUCCAAUGCCCAGAUGUACAGCUUACUGAAGAGAACAGCAGCCAAGUGUUCCCAUAUCUCUCAUGUGUACAGCAUCGGACGCAGCAGCGAGGGCAGGGAUCUGCUGGUUAUUGAGUUCACCAACAACCCUGGACAGCAUGAGCUACUGGAGCCAGAGAUCAAGCUGGUGGGCAACAUGCAUGGCAACGAGGUGCUGGGCCGACAGCUGCUCAUCUACUUGGCCCAGUACCUGUGUUCAGAGUACGUUCUGGGGAACCAGCGAAUUCAGACCAUCAUCAACACAACCCGUAUCCAUAUUCUGGUCUCCAUGAACCCCGAUGGCUAUGAACUGGCCGCCUCAGAGGUAGAGGAUAGCAAUGACCCGGAGCUCAGCAACCAGGAAGGUCACUUGUUGAAUGGUUGGACCAAUGGUCGGACAAACGCCCAGAACAUCGACCUGAACCGCAAUUUUCCGGACCUCACCUCUGUCUUCUACCGGAAUCGCCGCAGUAGGUACUACCGCAUUGACCACAUUCCAAUCCCUGAUGCCUACUGGUUUGGAAAGGUGGCACCAGAGACCUAUGCAGUGAUGAAGUGGAUCAGGUCACUGCCUUUCGUCCAGUCUGCCAGCCUCCACGGAGGGGAGCUGGUGGUCUCCUAUCCCUUCGAUUUCUCUAGACACCCUCAGGAGGAGAGGAUGUUCUCACCCACUCCAGAUGAGCAGGUCUUCAAGCAGCUGGCUCGUACCUAUGCCGACUCCCAUGCCACCAUGUCAAAUAAUGACACAGAGAGGUGUGGAGCCUCCUUUUACCGGUCUAGGGGCAUCAUCAAUGGGGCACUGUGGUACAGUUUUGCUGGUGGCAUGUCAGACUUCAACUACUUGCACACUAAUUGUUUGGAGAUUACCGUGGAGCUCGGCUGUGACAAAUUCCCCUCUGAGGCCGAGCUUUACCCAGAGUGGAAGAGGAAUAAGGAAGCCCUGCUCAGUUUUCUGGAGUCUGUCCAUCGAGGGAUUAAGGGAGUAGUUAAGGAUGUUGACGGCAAUGGGAUAAAAGGUGCUACUAUCUCUGUCAGGGGGAUAAGGAAAGAUGUCACCUCAGCUGAAGAUGGAGACUACUGGCGACUGCUGAACCCUGGUACUCACAUCCUGACAGUCACAGCUAAGGGUUAUUCCAGGGUCAGCAAGAGGGUUCAUUUGCCUCACCACAUGAACAAGGCUGGACGUGUUGACUUUGUCUUGGAGAAGGUUCCUGUGGAGCCUGAUAUCGACGACCACCUCUUCCCCACAGUAGACACAUGGGAUCGAUUUGACCCCUACAACCAGUUUGAGCGCUACAGCGAGCCAGACGUAGGUGAAGGAGGGAUAGAGAGGCAAGAGAAACCCUGGUGGUGGAACUAUUUCUCCCAGUCUGGGAUCUCACCUCCAAACUGGCUGCUGCGGAAUGUAUAGACACAUUUUGGGACAAUAAAGAUCCCGGCGUGCCACUGCAGACGGAGACUGGUGAUGGACGGUGCCACAUUUAGUCCCACUGGUACUCUCAGAGCCAUCUAUGUAGCAGGAGCUGUGACACUGAAAUCAGCAUUACCUAAAUAGAUUUCAGUGCUUCCUGGAAGGAUGUGAAUAGGCUUUUUCCACCUAGCAACAAAUUUAAUAAUGGCCUGUAAGUGGAGUUUUGGCCAAUAUUGCUUCGCAGCUGCAACUGAAUUGUUUUAAGUAAAAAUUGAACCACUGGGAAGUAAAUGAGUUAUGCUCAAUGGUCCGCCCAGUAAAGAAGAUCACAAAAAUAAUGGUAUGCAUUUAUUUGAAUAUUGUGAUUAAAGAUUACAAUUUCACAUGGGAUGGCAGCUGUAUAAAAUGAGUUGAGUAAAAAAAAUUCAUUCAGAUUUGACUACUUUGUUAUUACAUUUCACAGGUAAUUUCCCUCUAGUCACAUUUUAUGCAUUAUACAAGGCCUAAGUGAUUCAUUGAAAAAGCCCUGGACCACUCAUAGCAUCUGACAUUGAGCAGCACAUUUAUGCUGUGGUUAGCAGUAAUACUGUGCCAAUUGUGAAAAGUAUAAAUUCUUGCUUUGUUUGUUUUCCACAAGCAUCAAUAAUAAAUAUCAAAUAUUUCUGGCAUAUAUUCUUCCAUUUUAAA